UUUUUAGUGUACGGAUGUGCAGGUUAUUCUUUAGCUUCAGAGGUAAUCAUGAUGUGUUAUUUUAUGGAGUACUAGCUAAAACUUUCUUUUAUUUUAUUUAGGAUUUUCAUAAUCAUGAAGAAACAAAAGAUCUGAUGGAUGAAAAUUGCAUUUUGAAGACAGAUAUUGCUAUACUCAGGCAGGAAAUAUGCACAAUGAAAAAUGACAACUUGGAAAAAGAAAAUGAAUAUCUUAAGGACAUUAAAAUUGUUAAAGAAAGAAAUGCUGCCCUGGAAAAGAGUAUAAAACUCAAUGAGGAAAUAACAAAAACAGCAUUCCAGGAUCAACAAGAGCUUAAUGAUCUCAAAGCUGAGAAUAAAAGGCUCAAUUCCGAACUGCUGAAGGAAAAUGAAAGCAAGGCAAGAGUGGAAGCUGAAAUUGAAUCUUAUCAGUCUAGACUGGCUGCUGUUAUAAGUAAGCACAGUGAAAGUGUGAAAACAGAAAGAAACCUAAAACUUGCUUUACAGAACACACAAGACAUUUCUGUGCUUUCCGAAGUUGAACAUAAGAAUGCGUUUCUUACUGAACAACUUUCCAAAACGCAAAUUAAAUUUAAUACCUUAAAAGAUAAGUUCCGUAAGACAGGAGAUACUCUCAGAAAAAAGUCCUUGGCUUUAGAAACUCUACAAAACGACCUAAGCCAAACCCAACAGCAAAUAAAGGAAAUGAAAGAGAUGUAUCAAAAUGCAGAAGCUAAAGUGAGUAAUUCCACUGGAGAGUGGAACUGUGUGGAAGAAAGGAUAUGUCAACUCCAACGUGAAAAUCUGGGGCUUGAACAGCAACUAGAUGAGGUUCAUCAGAAAGAGGAUCAUAAACAGAUAGUAAUUAAUAUCCGAAGAGGUUCUACUGAGAUUGGAAAGAAAGACCUCCUGCUAGAAGAGAAAAAUAAGAAGCUAAUGAAUGACUAUGAUCAUUUAAAAGAAAGUCUCUUUCAAUAUGAGAGAGAGAAAGCAGAAAGAGUAGUAAGUAUCAAUGAAGAGAAAUAUUUUCAAACUUCCAGAAGGAAAAUUUAAACAUUUGGUUCUGGAUACAUGUUGAACCUAGAUGAAUAUAAAAAUCAAUAGGUGAAAAGUGUGUUUACCAUACUGUAUAAUUCCAUUUACAUGAAGCAUCCAAAAUAGAGAAACGUAUAGGGACAUAAAGUAGAUUAAUGUUUGCGAAGGGCUGGGGCUGGAAGCUGGUAAUGACCGCUAAAGGGUGUGAGAGAUCUUGCAGUGAUGGAAAUGCUCUAAAGUUGGAUUGUAGAGAUGGCUGCACAACUCAGUAAAUGUACUAAAACUCGUUUAACUUAAGUUAAAACAGAUAUAGUAUGUAAAUGAUAUUUCAACAAAGCUGUUUUAAUAAGAAAACAAAGGCAAAAUGUGUUUACU